CCCUCAUCGUUGAUCUCUUCUUAUAUCCUUCACAUCCAUCUGUCGUCAUUCUCUUUUCCUUUUCCAAUCACAUACACCCUCAAACUCAUCGAAAAAAAAACAUCUCGACAUCUUGACGAUGCGAUUCUCCAGCUUCGCCAUCAUCUCCACGGCCCUCGCGGCGGUAGUCAGGGCUGCGCCCACUCCCUCCCCGAUCGAGAAGCGAGCUCUUCCUAGGUUGGGAGGGUUCAACAUUGCCGGAUUCGACUUUGGUACUGAUACCAACGGAGGCUCCAACCCUGCCACCUCGCAAAUCGACCACUUUGUCAAGAACGGAGCCAACGUCUUCCGACUUCCCUUUGGCUGGAACCCCGCCGUCGGUGGUCAACUCGGUGGGACCCUCAACCCUUCCUGGUUUACCGCUUACGACAAGCUCGUCCAAUACACCCUCUCCAAGGGCGCUUACGCCAUCCUCGACCUCCACAACUAUGCUCGUUGGAACGGCGGGAUCGUCGGACAAGGUGGACCUACCGACGCUCAGCUGGCUAGCGUCUGGGAACAGUUGGCCAAGAAGUACAGCUCGAACGCCAAAGUUAUCUUCGGGUUGAUGAACGAACCUCACGAUAUUCCUAACAUCGGGACGUUCGCCAAGACGCUCCAGGUCUCGGUCAAUGCCAUUCGAUCCGCCGGCGCUACGUCGCAAUACAUCUUGCUUCCCGGUCAAGAAUGGACUCACGCGCCUCGAUGGAUCGAUGGGACCAACGACCCGAUCGUCCAGAUCACUGACCCUGCCGGUGGAAAGGAGAAGCUCCUGCUCGACGUGCACCAGUACUUGGACUCGGACGGUUCGGGUACUCACGCCGACUGCACCACCGACAACGUUGCCAUGAUGAACAACCUCGCCAACUAUCUGAAGGGCAAGGGUCGUCAAGCCAUCUUGAGCGAAACCGGUGCUGGUCCCGAUGCUAGCUGCAAGACCGCUCUCGCUGCUCAGCUCAAGACCGUUGUCGACCAGUCUUCCAGCAUCAUCGGAUUUGUCAUCUGGAGUGGUGGUGCCUUCGACUCGAGUUACGUUCUUUCGGCCAUUCCGAACGGAAACACCGACAACGCCUUGGUAGCAGCCGCCGUCAACCCGUACUUGCCCGGAGGUGCUGGCGCUGCCCCUGCGCCCGCUCCUGCUCCCAGCUCGACCUCGACCAGGGCCUCGUCUUCUUCUGCCGUUGCCGUUCGACCUAGCUCGAGCUCUUCGUCGGCCAAGCCUACCACCACCUCCCAGGCCGCCACCUCCGCCAAACCCUCUACUACCAGCCAGGCUGUUACCUCGCCCAAGCCCACUACUACUAGCAAGGCCGCCUCCUCGGCCGCUCCCACCACCACCAGCAGGUCGACCCCUCCUGCGGUGACCUCGAGCAAGCCUCCCACUAGUACCUCGACCAAGCCUGCUGGGACCCCCACUUCGGUGCCCGCUGGUGGAAACCUACAAAAGUACACUGGCGCUCUCGGUGGCAUUGCCGCGCCUCCUGUCACUGCCUCCGGCAACCAGUGGAAGGAGGGCACCAACACCUUCAACUUCCUCGCGGACGCGCUUAGGAGGAGCUGUGACGACCAGUCCAACCUCUGCGGAUCGUAUGCCAACUCGGCUGCCGGUCGUGCUGCUGGAGUUUCUGUUAACCAGUGUCAAUCUCAGCAGCAAACCGCUUGUUACCAGUCCAUCUCGGCCUGAGGAUGCGGUAAAAUUUUCUAGAUUUCUUUGACUCGGAUGUUCUAGUUUCAUUGGGCUCUCGAAGGGUCGAGAUAGGUCUUCUCACACUCGUUAACGUGUUUCUCAUUCAUGCAUUAUAUGACAAUCCAUUUGACAUGGCCAAUACGAAGAUUUGGGUAUCUCUCGAGCGAUACUGAGUACAACAACGGAACUCCCUGGUGACUUACUAUUCACACUCCACUUGCCGUACGCUACACCUCAUUUUUCUUUCAGCUUGGAGAUGCC